GCGCCCCGCCCCACCCCGUACGGCCCACAAAUCCCGAGGCAGCGAGGCCCGGGUUGUCUAGGCUCCGGUAGGUAAUGCCCCGGAAGGCAGGGAACGUGGAAGAGGCUGCGGCCGUUGCGGAGGAGGUGGACGCGGAGGAGGUGGGCCCUGAAGAGUACGGCGGGCAGGAGUCCGGCCCGGAAAUGCCCGACCCAGAGGAGCCGGGCGCCCAGGAGGGGAUGGAGGCCGGGCAACCGCGGCCCGUGCUGCGCUCAGUGAACUCGCGCGAGCCGUCGCAGGUCAUCUUCUGCAACCGCAGUCCGCGCGUCGUGCUGCCGGUGUGGCUCAACUUCGACGGCGAGCCGCAGCCCUACCCGACGCUGCCGCCCGGCACUGGCCGCCGCAUCCACAGCUACCGAGGUCACUUGUGGCUUUUCCGAGAUGCCGGGACAUAUGAUGGGCUUCUGGUUAACCAGACUGAACUGUUUGUGCCAUCUCUCAAUGUUGAUGGACAGCCUAUUUUUGCCAACAUCACACUGCCAGUGUACACUCUGAAGGAGCGGUGCCUCCAAGUUGUCCGGAGCCUCGUCAAGCCUGAGAAUUACAGGAGACUGGACAUCGUGAGGUCUCUCUACGAAGACCUGGAAGACCACCCGAAUGUACGGAAAGACCUGGAGCGGCUGACACAGGAGCAUUUUGAAAACCAGGGAAUGGAAGGGGAGACAGAAGAUUCUAAAUAUAAUUUGCACUCCUGAGUCUCAGCCUCUGGUGGUACUGACUAGUCUUGAUCUACAUUUAGGACUGGUCACUUACUCUCAGAUUCAAGGUGUCUCAUUCCUGGAGGAAAAUAUCCUCUUCUGCUUACAGGAAAGGUAACUGACUUCACUAGGCAUUGUGAUGUUUAGGGGCAGAUGUCACAAAAUGUAAUUUAACGCCUGCCCCUUCUACAAGUAUUCCAGUAGUCAGCGAGUAGUUGCAUUUUUGCCUCCUAGUAAGUCAGGAGAGUUUGUACGUAAGGACUCUUGUGUAAGUCAUUCAGUGGAAUUGCAGCAUACUCUUUAAUUGUAAGAAAGCAGUGGCAUCUGCUUUUGAUCGCUGUGUUGUGGUUGGUGACGUGUCCGCCUCCCACUUGGAGAAGACAGACGUGUCCCUAAGGCAGGGACACGUCUGUCUUCUCGUUGAGACCCCAGUGCCUCACACAUUAUGAGCCUUCAGUCAGUGUUUGUUGAAUGAACAAACCAGUGGAUACUUUGGUAGAAAGUAUUUGGAAGUUUUGCCCUUUUUGGGGGGUGGGGAGGUGGGCCUUUACAGUGUAUGCCGUAAACAAAUGUUUUAAAGGGAAUCACUUUUCUAGAAAGCACUUUUUAUAACUUUCUGAAUUUUGUGCUUUUCUCUGUCUGCUGUUGCAGUGCUACUUUGUUUGUUUCUGAACCAGGAUUAGCUUUCUGCAGUUAUUGUGAUGAUUGCUUCUUUUUAAGCUUGACAUCUGACCCGAAGAUAGGAGAAAAUAGCUGUCCUCUUGUUUAAUUCUGAUAGUGCUGCAAAUAGGUUUUUGCCAAGUGUGGGUAUUUCUGUUACUUUUUGUAAAUCCAUUACUUUUCUGUGUGGCUUAGCAUUUUGUAAUUUUUUUUUAAUGCUGCCAACAUUUUAACCAGGGGCCAGUUGUUUUGGGGCGCUGGGGACCACCAAGGAGAGCCACUCUCUGGUUCAUUUGGACUCACAAGGCUUCCUGCCUGGUUUAGCAUUUUUCAUCAGGCAGGAUCUGCUGAGACUUUCCCCCUGGCAGGAGGAGGGGGGAGGCGGCCCUCCGCCUCUGGGACGUGACUCCUAACACAGAAGGGGUU